UCCGGUUGCGCCCGGGAGAGCGCAACAGGCAGGUAGGAGUUUACUUUCAAAAAACGCCGGGGUGGAGCAGAAGGCGUCCGGCAAGUCUCUGCCCGAGGUGUCCCAGUUGGAGGAAAUCACCGCGCCGGGGCAGCCUUCGCCACGGGCAGGAUCUCAUUUCCUCCUGCAGUCUUUGAACUGUCCCAAGCAACGCGCCCAGAGAAGUGUGAAGCUUUAUAAAAAUUUAAACGCGUCGCCGGUGGAGGCAGGCGUGGGGCGGAGCCGUGGCCUGGCGGCCCGGAGAUGAGCUGGUGAGCCUCGGAGCUGAGAAAUCUCUUGCUCGGUUUUCACAUCUUCAAACCAGAAUUUGUUCCCGUCGAAGAGUGGCUGCUGGAUCUCCAGACCCUUUGUGGCUUUAGGAGUCUAGUGGGUGGAAAUUCUCUACCUCUGAGGAGAAACGGUGCUGCUCCUUCCUCAAGAGUGAGCUCCCCAUUGCUAUGGAUACCGAAUCCACAUAUUCUGGAUAUUCUUACUAUUCCAGUCAUUCGAAAAAAUCUCACAGACAAGGGGAGAGAAAUAGAGAGAGACACAAAUCACCCCGGAAUAAAGAUGGCAGAGGGUCAGAAAAAUCCGUCACCAUUCAAGCUCCCACCGGAGAGCCCCUGCUGGCAAAUGAUUCUACUCGGACGGAGGAAGUUCAGGAUGACAACUGGGGAGAGACCACGACGGCCAUCACAGGCACCUCAGAGCACAGCAUUUCGCAGGAGGACAUUGCCAGGAUCAGCAAGGACAUGGAGGACAGUGUGGGGCUGGAUUGCAAGCGCUACCUGGGCCUCACUGUGGCCUCGGUCCUUGGACUUCUAGUGUUCCUCACCCCCAUCGCCUUCAUCCUUUUACCCCCCAUCCUGUGGAGGGACGAGCUGGAGCCUUGUGGCACCAUUUGCGAGGGACUCUUCAUUUCCGUGGCGUUCAAGCUCCUCAUUCUGCUCAUCGGGACCUGGGCGCUCUUCUUCCGCAAGCAGAGGGCCGACGUGCCGCGGGUGUUUGUGUUCCGUGCCCUUUUGUUGGUCCUCAUCUUUCUUUUUGUGGUUUCCUAUUGGCUGUUUUACGGGGUCCGCAUCUUGGACUCGCGGGACCGGAACUACCAGGGCAUCGUGCAGUACGCCGUGUCCCUGGUGGACGCCCUCCUCUUCAUCCAUUACCUGGCCAUCGUCCUGCUGGAGCUCAGGCAGCUGCAGCCCAUGUUCACGCUGCAGGUGGUCCGCUCCACCGACGGCGAGUCCCGGUUCUACAGCCUGGGACACCUGAGUAUCCAGCGAGCAGCAUUGGUGGUUCUGGAAAAUUACUAUAAAGAUUUCACCAUCUAUAACCCCAAUCUCCUAACAGCCUCCAAAUUCCGAGCAGCCAAGCACAUGGCCGGGCUGAAAGUCUACAAUGUAGAUGGCCCCAGUAACAAUGCCACUGGUCAGUCCCGGGCCAUGAUCGCUGCAGCUGCUCGGCGCAGAGACUCAAGCCACAACGAGUUGUAUUAUGAAGAGGCAGAGCACGAGCGGCGGGUGAAGAAGCGGAGAGCGAGGCUGGUGGUUGCGGUGGAAGAAGCCUUCAUCCACAUCCAGCGCCUCCAGGCCGAAGAGCAGCAGAAAGCUCCGGGGGAGGUGAUGGACCCGCGGGAGGCGGCGCAGGCCAUCUUCCCCUCCAUGGCCCGGGCUCUGCAGAAGUACCUGCGCACCACGCGGCAGCAGCAUUACCACAGCAUGGAGAGCAUCCUGCAGCACCUGGCCUUCUGCAUCACCAACAGCAUGACCCCCAAGGCCUUUCUAGAACGUUACCUCAGCGCGGGCCCUACCCUGCAGUAUGACAAGGAGCGCUGGCUCUCUACGCAGUGGAGACUGGUUAGUGAUGAGGCUGUGACGAACGGAUUGCGGGAUGGAAUCGUUUUCGUCCUGAAAUGCUUGGACUUCAGCCUCGUGGUCAAUGUGAAGAAAAUUCCAUUCAUCAUCCUCUCGGAAGAGUUCAUAGACCCCAAAUCUCACAAAUUUGUCCUUCGCCUACAGUCUGAGACAUCAGUUUAAAAGUUUUAUAUUUGUGGCUUUAUUACAAAAAAAAAAAAAAGAAUAUAUAGAGAUAUAUAUAUAUGUAUACCAGAAGGGCAUCUUUUUUUAUUAUUAUUCUUCAUUGCUGACUGAAACUGGCAGAUAAUAGACCAGUAUCCUUUGACCAUCCGCACUUUACUUGGAAGGAAGCAGGGGAUGUCCACCCUGGCAAAAAGCGACUGAUAACAUCUGACUUUUGUGGAUGGGACUUCUCACGAAGCCGUUCCCUGGCGUUUCUGUGACAGCUGUAAACCAAAGUAGAGCAGGUGGCUCUCGGGAGCCUCGCCUUACGGCAGCUAGUCCCUGCCUUUCGUCCAGGGCCGUGCCCUCCUGUUGCUUCUGGCCUGCCCCCUCGUCGACCUCCAGGGGGACGCGUCUUCAUUCUGUUCCAGGAAACCAGACACGGCAUGUCCACAUAGGUGCUUGUGUCCAUGAAUGUCCAGUACCACAUCACCCACGGGAGCCGCGCGCCCUUCCGCAAAUGCCUGCCUUCAUCUUUGUUCUUUGUUGCCUUAGGUUCUGCUGAGAGAGGUCACAACAAAAAAUGUGCACUAGCAGUUGACAGUUCUAAAUGAUUUUAUUUUGUUUUCUCCCCCAAGGAGAAAACCUACCUGUCCUGUUUCUGACCGUUGGCCUAGGUUUGAGCAGGUGGCCCUUUCCUGACCCUGUGAUGGCACACCCGUCUCCCUCCAUCCGCCCUCCCCUGCACGCACCACACCCCCACCUGGCUGGUGGUCCUGGCCAGGAAAGCCCAGCCUGCAGAGCUGCCCCGGACCCGGCUCUCCAUGUGUGCUCACGGGCUCUGUGCACUGUCUCCCGUGGGUGCCAUGGAUUGUUUGCAUAGGGAAGCAUAGCCUGCCAACCAGGUCGAACACAGGGACAGCCAGCCUGCCAGAUUGUCCCUUUUCGGCUGCAGCGGGAGCCCCUCCCCUCCCAGUUCUCCUUCCUACUGCUCACAGGGACCCAGGGCGGGGGAGGGGCGGCGGGGGGAGGAGCUGACGCCGCGACUCAGGGACUGGCAGGUGCAGCUUGGAGUCUCUGAUUUCCCAGGGAGAGAAGUCCUCCCAAGCCUUCAUGGCCAAGCUACCCUGCCAAGGGAGACCAAACAGUGCC